UGCUUUCUUAUUCAUUUUUUAUAUUAUGAUGUUCCUUUAAGUUCCUUUUUCCUUCCCUUCCAUUUAUUGUGCGCAUGAUUCAAACUUUACAUGUAUUUUGUGUUCUUGAGUAGUAGAAGCAAAUAGGCCAGGCCUCGAGUCGUAGAAGCAACUACUAAUCGAGCAGUAGAAGCAACUACUAAUCGAGCAGUAGAAGCAACUACUAAUCGAGCCGUAGAAGCAACUACUAAUCGAGCCGUAGAAGCAACUAUUAAUACUGAGUUUGAGUCGUAGAAGUAAUUACUAAUACUUGGGUUCGAGUCGUAGAAGCAACUACUAAUAAUUGCAUUUGGGUAGGCUGGCUACAUCGCACUCCUAGGUUGCGGUUCUUCACGGACCCUGUGUUAAUGCAGGAUGUUUUGUAUAUCAGACUACCUUUUUAGUGGUAGAAACAAUGGAAAAACAUAUUUUGUGGAAUUUUAAGGACUGCUCUUGAAUGCUUAUGCAAAAUUGCUACCAAACAUAUGGGAUUACUCUUUGCUUAACCGAGUCAUCGUCACAGGCGGAUCCAAUUAAACUUUACCGAUUCAAACUUUAAGAUUUUUAGCAUUGAACCUAUUAUAUUUUUAUAAUUGUGGGUUCAAACUUACUAUUUGUAGUGAAUAUUUACACAUAAAUUUAUAUAUCGCAUUGAAAAUACGUUCAGAUGCACCCGCUGCUGCAAGGCUGCAUCCGCCUCUGGUCAUAGUACCAUCUUUAGGAAAAAUUUAAUGAUAGUGCGUCUUCUGAAGGAAAUUCCUUGAUUAUGGGGAGCGUUUGUUCAUGUAAAGGAGACCAUUAUGCCGAUGAGAACAUAACUAGAAGAGGCUUCUCUAGUAGAUACUUCAAAUUUGGGAGCUCGAAAUGGCUAGAGCCUUCUCUUUUUGUUCCUGCUGGCUGUUGUCAAUUUCGACGAAGCGGUUGUCCGUCCCUCAUGGAAUUGUGCAUUCAUAAAAUAUGUGAGGACAUUGACAAAUACCAUUCAUUUUCCAUGCUACCGAGCGAUGUAAGCCAGUUGAUUUUUAACCAUCUGGUGGACUCAUGUAGUCUUUCCGAUAACUGUAUUGAGGCUUUCAGAGAUUGCGCUCUGCAUGAUAUGUGCAUGGAAGAAUGUACACGAGUAAAAGAUAAUUGGAUGGAUGUCAUCUCUUCACAAGGAUCAUCUUUACUGUCCGCAUAUAUCUCUAGUACUGAGGUUACAGAUUUUGGUUUAAGCCGCUUAAGGAAUUGCUCAAACCUCCAAGCUUUAGGUUUGGAUUGCUGCGACAAAAUUUCUGACGGUGGCAUAACGCACAUCAGUGGUUUUUCAAAUUUGAAAUAUUUGGGUUUUAGAAAAUGCGUUGGGCUUACAGCUGAAGCAAUGAAAAGUUUAUCCGGCUUAGUGAAACUGAUGAAGUUGGAUUUUGAGCGAUGUCCUCUAAUUCAUGGGGGUUUUAUUCAUCUUGAAGGUUUAAAAAAUCUUGAAUCUCUCAGUAUAAGAGGAUGCAAGUGUAUCACAGAUUCAGACUUGAAGUCUCUUGCAGGGCUUGUGAGUUUGAAGGAACUUCAGAUUUCAUGUGACAACAUUACAAAUGUUGGAGUGUCUUAUUUGAGAGAUUUGGACAAACUCGUCGUGCUAAAUUUGGAAGGGUCUGAUGUUACUGCUCUAUGUUUGGAUUACCUGACAGCUCUCACUUCACUGCAAUCGCUAAAUCUCAAUAGAUGCCAUCUAACAGAUGUUGGAUGCGAGAAGUUUUCCGCGCUCAGCAAUUUGAAAGAGUUGAAUAUGGGAUUUAACAAUAUCACAGAUGCAUGUUUGGAACAUUUAAAAGGGCUGACAAAAUUGGAAGGCCUCUACUUGGAUUCUUGUAGGAUUAGCAAUGACGGUCUUGCUCAUUUAGCUGGACUCGCAAACUUGAAAGCUUUGGAGCUGUCUGAUACUGAAGUUGGAAGCGAUGGAAUUCUUCAACUCUCUGGAUUGACAAAGUUGGAAGAUCUCAACCUCUCGUUCACAUCAGUAACUGACAACAGUUUGAAAACGUUAUCUGGAUUGACAUCUCUUAGGUCGCUUAACCUUGAUACUCGUCAGAUUACUGACUCGGGCCUUGCAGUUCUCACCACAGGUUUAACUGGAUUGACUCACCUGGAUCUUUUUGGUGCCCAGAUCACGGAUUCAGGGACAAAAUAUCUCUCAUAUUUCAAAAAUCUCCGAUCUCUUGACAUUUGUGGCGGGCGGUUGACGGAUGCUGGCGUCAAGAACAUAAAGGAUCUUUCUUCUCUGAUGUUUCUGAACUUGUCACAAAACCUGAAGCUAACAAAUACAGCCUUGGAAUAUCUAUCAGCAUUGACAUCGUUGGUCUCUUUAAACGUCUCAAACUCGAGUAUCACGAACGACGGUUUGCAGUACCUGAAGCGUCUGAAGAAUUUACGCUCUCUGUACCUGGAAUUUUGUGGUGUGACCGCAUGUGAAAUCAAGAAGCUUCAAGCCAAAGCCCUUCGGAAUCUAGCACGAUACCGCCCUGAUCAGUGAUAACAGUAAUGGUUAUCACGGAUAUAUAUAUGGACUAAAGCACCACGAUAUAAAUGGACUACCGCUUUGGUUUGUAAAUAAACAAAAUAACAUGUAGUAGUAGUAAUUAUUCUAUAUAUUGGUAGGGGAAAAAUACUUGUUUUUGCUAUGUUGGCGAUGACUUUUAUUCUCAUCAAUCUUAUUACUUGGCACAGCAGAAGUUGGAAUAUUGUAUCCUAUAGGCUAUAUUGAGCCGCUUGUUCUCAACUUUUGUACAUAUUUAAGAGAAAUGAAAACAAGAGAUAUGGGUUUCUUUCA